AUGACCCCUUCAGUCACAGCUUUUGACGCCCGCAUUCAUCUCUCACGGGGCAGCGUCGGAUACGACACCACAGGUUUGAUCAUUCGUAUCACAUGUUUCAAAACCAUACAGUUCGGUGAACGGGUACUGCACAUUCCCAUCCUGGCUAUCCUUGGCUCCGCCCUCUGCCCAGUAUCAGCAUACAAGCAGAUGGUGGACAUGUUGCCAGCACCUUCAGAAGCUCCCCUGUUUCUUGCACCGUCAUCUACCGGCAGCCUGCAUCCUUUGACCUACCAGUCUUUCGUUCGACAUCCGCGAUCAUUGCUCAGCUCCACAGGGCUGGACCCAAACAGCUACUCCGGUCACAGCUUUCGUCGUGGAGGUGCCUCCUUCGCAUUUCAGUUAGGAGCAGACCCUGAAUCAAUUAAAGCGCAAGGCGACUGGCAUUCACAAGCUUACCUGCUCUACAUGGAAUCCUUAUUCAGUCGUCGCCUCCGGACGGCAUCAUGCAUUCGCGCUGCUAUCAAGUCUGGCCAAGUCGAUCUGACACUUUGA